AUUUAUGAACACCUAUUUAACUAAAAAAUUGUCAUUAGUUGUUUCAAAAUAAAACAUUUAAGUAAAAAGAAGAGUAAAAAUGGAGAAUUGGCAAUUGAUAUUUUUUUUUAUGAUAAUUUCCUAUUUCAUAUUUAAUGAAGGUAUUGAAAAUAAAUAUUCGGGUAAAAAAAAAAUAUGCCCGUUUGAAAAAGGCACGACAAGAAAAGCUGCUAAAAUAGGUGACAUGGAAACAUUAAAACUAGCUUAUGAAAGUGAUUGUGAAUGGGAUCAAAAAACAACAAGUGCUGCUGCUUCAAAUGGUCAUUUAAAAUGCUUAAAAUAUGCACAUGAAAAUAACUGUAGAUGGGAUAUAGACACUACUAGAAACGCUGCUGCAAAUGGACAUUUCGAAUGUUUAAGAUAUGCACACGAAAAUGGAUGCCCAUGGAAUGAAAAAACAACAGAAGCAGCUGCAAGUUAUGGUAAUUUAGAAUAUUUAACUUAUGCUCAUAAAAACGGAUGUAAAUGGGCCAUUGGCACAACAAGAGCUGCUGCUUUAAAAUGUAAUUUUGAUUGUUUAAAAUAUGCACAUGAAAAUGGAAGUCAUUGGGGUGAAGGGAUAACUAGAUCUGCUGCAGCAAGUGGUUGUUUAGAUUGUUUAAUGUAUGCUCACAAAAAUGGAUGCAAAUGGGAUAGAGGCACAACAAGAGCUGCUGCUUUAAAAGGUAAUUUAAUUUGUUUAAAAUAUGUCCAUGAAAAUGGAUGCGAAUGGGAUAUAGGAACAACUAGAGCUGCUGCUGCAGGUGGUCAUUUAGGCUGCUUAACAUAUGCAUAUGAAAAUGGAUGCCCAUUAGAUGAUGGUAUAACAAUGGUUGCUGCUAAGUAUGGGCAUUUAGAUUGCUUAAAAUAUGCUCAUAAAAACAAAUGCGAAUGGGAUAAAAUAAUAACGGCACUAGCGGCUUUUAAUGGUAAUUUUGAAAUUUUAAAAUAUGCUCAUGAAAAUGGAUUACCAUGGGAUAAAAACACAAUAAGGGUAGCUGCUGCUAAUGGUCAUCUAAAAUGUUUAGUAUAUGCCCACAAAAAUAGAUGUCCAUGGGAUAAUGGUACAACUAUUGCGGCUACAUUAAGAGGUAAUUUUGAAAUAUUAAAAUAUGCACAUGAGAAUGGAUGUCCAUGGGAUAACGGUAUAACUAUUGCGGCUACCGAAAAAGGUAAUUUAGAAAUUUUAAAAUAUGCACAUGAAAAUGGUUGUCCAUUUGAUGACGGUAUACUUAGUGCUGCUAUAAAAAGAAGUAGCCUAGACAUUUUAAAAUAUCUUCAUGAAAAUGGAUGUCCAUGGGAUGAAAAAACAACAAGUGUCACUGCCACUUAUGGUAAUUUAGAAUUCUUAAUGUAUGCUCAUGAAACCGGAUGUAAAUGGGCCAUUGGAACAACUAAAGCUGCUGCUUUUACAAGGAAUUUUGAUUGUUUAAAAUAUGCACAUGAAUAUGGAUGUUCAUGGGAUUAUGACACAACUAGAGCUUCAGCAGCUAGUGGUUGUUUAGACUGUUUAAAGUAUGCUCAUGAAAAGGAUUGUCCAUGGGAUGAAAGAACAUUAGUUACAGCUGCCGUGCAUGGUAAUUUAGACUGUUUAAAAUAUGCUUAUGAACAUGGAUAUAAAUGGAUUGAAGGUACAAUGAGAGGGGCUGCUGCGAAUCGAAAUGUAGGAUGCCUCAAAUAUGCUUAUGAAAAUGGUUGUGAAUGGGACGAAGGCACAACAAGAGAAGCUGCUGCGAGUGGUUGCAUUAGUUGUCUGAAAUUUGCUCAUGAAAAUGGAUGUAAUUGGGAUGAAGGAACAAUCGCUACCGCUGCCAUGCGUGGUAAUUUAAAUUGCUUAAUGUAUGCCCACGAAAAUGGUUGUAAAUGGGAUGAAGGCACUACAAGACUUGCUGCUGCAAAUCGUCAGUUUCAUUGUUUAAAGUACGCACAUGAGCAUAAUUGUCCAUGGAGUAGAAAUACUAUUUAUGAAGCUGUUAGAAGAGGUUUUUUUGAUAUAAUUAACUAUGCUUACGAAAAUGGAUGUCCUAAUUAGUUUUAAAAUAUAAUUAUUUUUAUAAAAUAUUGUUUAUUUUUAACAGUCAAUUACAUUAUAUUUUAAAUAAACCGUCUUAAGCUAAACAUUAACAAUAAAUUUGAUAGAAUUUAUGCCAUUUUA